AGUCUGCAACUUUCUCUUCCAACUUUCGUUUCUUUGAUCCCCCAGAUGAAGGGAAUGCUAACGUUCAUGAUCUGCAAUCAGUUUUUAGGAGAUCGAAGGAACGGAGUUCAUAACGAACUUAAGCCUGACGAUUGAAACAGGACAGUCCCAAUUGCUGUGUGAAACGCCAAAUGCGACAAGACAGACAAACGAAACGGAGAAACGCGAUACGUUUCGUUACCCGCGAUAUAUUUGGCUUGCGGUGGGGAUAAGUGGCUGUAGCGUACUUAGUUUUCCCGGUGGGGUUGGAUUUUGUCCAGAAAAUGGCCCGAGAACGCAGCACUUCUUCUUCUUCUUUUGUGGUUUGCCGAAGAAAUGGCGUUAUCUGGCGUAGCAGCGGCGACCUUCCCAUUUAGGAUACAGCAGGAGCUUGACAAUCUCCAACGAAUACCCACUCUCAGUCUCAGGACUCCCAAAUGGGUUUCCCGCCACUGCCGCUGGCGCGCAACAAUUCCCCAAGAUGGGAAUUCUUCUUCUGUUGAAACUGCUGAAAUCCGGUUUCCUGCUGAUUAUGGGGAGCUUCUUGAUCAAGCCAAAUCUGCUGCAGAACAGGCUCUGAGUGCUGGGAUAAAGCUCAUGGAGAUUGAAUUCCCAACAGCUGGGCUUGAGUCUGUACCAGGUGAUGGUGAAGGGGGGAUAGAAAUGACUGACAGCAUGCUCUUGAUUCGUCAGUUUUGCGACCGGUUGGUUAGUCCUCAGAAAGCUUCAAGAACCAGAAUUUUCUUCCCAGAGGCAAAUGAGGUUACGUUUGCUAGGGAGACUGCAUUUGGAGGGUCAUCCCUGAGGCUGGACUACUUGACGAAGCCAUCGUUUUUCGAGGAUUUUGGCUUUACUGAGAAGAUCAGAAUGUCAGACCGUGUAAAGCCAGAGGACGAAUUGUUCCUAGUCGGCUAUCCAUACUUCAAUGUGAAUGAAAUGCUUGUGGUGGAGGAGCUUUACAAGGAAGCUGUUGCAGACACAAAUCGUCAAUUGAUUAUAUUCAAUGGAGAGCUUGACCGAAUAAGAUCUGGAUACUAUCCGCCCUUCUUCUACCCCAAGCUGGCCUCGCUGUCCAAAACGUUCUUCCCAUUGAUGGAGACGGUGUACUACAUUCAUAAUUUCAAAGGACGCAAUGGGGGUGUUCUUUUCAGGUGUUAUCCAGGCCCGUGGAAGGUCCUUCGAAAAGCGAGGAAUUCUUCUUCUUAUGUUUGCCUGCAUCAACAGCAAACCAUGCCGUCCCUCAAGGAAGUUGCUCUGGACAUUCUUCCUGCAGCCUGAGAAACUCAAAUAGUUAUAGUUCAUUCACUCUGCUUCUCGGUUCAUGGGAUCUGCAAAUUAAUGUUUGGGUAAAACAUUUAGAAAGUUGUACAUCUCUUCUUUUUGACAAAUGAUACAUUGGUGGUUUUCUCCCAACUCAAAUGGGCUCAAUCAGUAACAGAAAAUUGGACUAAAAUUGGUGGGGUGCGCCAGGCCCAAGCAAUAGUGCAACGCUCGGGCGACACGCAAGAAGGCCCCUGAAGCAAGCUCCAGUAGUGGGCUUUCUCCCCCUAUAAAAAUUAAUUUAAUAUCGUGUGGGCCAUUGGCCCACGUAUCAGAUAUUAAACUGAUAAGAACAGAUACUACACUUGAUCUUAGCCAAAAGGCCGAGAAAGGUAUGAAAUGGGCUGUGUCCAGAGCUUGCCUCUUAUUCCAAGCCCUUCGCUUCCUCAAGUUGGUUUAAGCGAUGUGGUAAAAAAUUGGCUUUCUCACUCACAGAAGCCACUUCACAGUAGACAAAAAGAGAGGAGAUGUGUUAAAUUUAAAACUGCUUUUAUUUAGUGAGAUUAGUUGAAGAUUAAGGUUGAAUAAUAACAGGUAAUGAAU